GAAAUUUAGUUCAAAUGUUGAAUAGUUCAAAUGUUUCCAUAUUUUGAACAAUUUUUUUAAUUAAAAUUCGAAAUUUCUCUAUUUUACAUAAAUUUUAAAGUCGAACCGCCUAUAUUUAUUUAUUUAAUUUAAAUUUAAAUAAAAUGUUCGAUUAAUUAGCAAAAAUAUAUAUAAAAUACAGUUCGUGACAUAACCUCUUUAUUGAGCAAAUUUUAUUUAUAAUUGUGAUUAUGUCCGUUCUAUUAAAUUCGGUAAAUGGUAAGCAAUAUCUAAAUACUAUCAAACAACUUUUACCAAGAAAUAUACAGUUGUCAACUACCCAAAAGAUUGUAAUAGUGUCUAUUUCCACUAGUGUAGUAUUUAUUGGCGUCCUAGCGAGGCUUCUACGACGCAAAAAGAAAAUUGUAGAUCCCUCCAAACUACCUAGAAAUAUAUUUAAUGGCAAACUUUCCAGAAUAUCUGGUAUGAGAAGUCCAUACCCAGAUUUGGGUAGUGUUGCUAGUAGUGGAAGACGCAGUGCAAAUUAUAAUGCAAUGACAGACAGGUUAAAUAAACAAGGUUCAAUUGUGACUAGUGGUAAAGCAUCUGUAGCUUCAGGAAGUAUCGUCAGCAAUGGUUUACCCAUACCAGAAGGUUUAAAUACUUCUAAUUUGACCCCGCAACAACUUGGAGUAAUGGGUAUGGAAGCGUUAGUAACGUGCAUAGCUUAUUGGGAAGAUGCGUUAUCGGCUUAUAGAAAUAACAUAGAUGAUGGCACGACUAAUUUGCCCGUCUUAGGGCCAGAAGAAACGGCUUUUUGUAAAGAUCUCCAGCAACUCUUGGAGUACGCCAUCGAAUUGCAGGAGAACUCGGAGAUGCUUUUCUUGGACGAAAUGUCGAUAUUGUUCAGAUCGGAAAGUGGAAAUAAGGAUACAGCUCCGGGUAAAGAUGUAAAUUUAUCGGAGGGAGAAAGUUUCGCUUCGGCACAAGAUAUGGUAGCAGAUUUGAGGGAAUUUGAGGAAUUCUCAGAGUAUUUUCCCGAUUUGGAAAAAUAUCCGUUGUAUCAGAGCGCUUUGCGACAAGUUGAAAAUGGCGGAAUACCUUAUCGAACUCUUCGAACUGAAAUCGUCAAGUGCGGUUCGGAUGUUGAAUAUUUGGCGAAGUUGCAUUGUCUUAGAUUGGCGUUUCAACAUUUGCUAAGAGAUAGAAUGACGUAUAAUUGGUUCACCGACGCCGGAAGGCAAAUUUUAGCCGAUCUUUUAUUGUACGCCGAUAAGGAUCCUAAAGAUUUUUUAAUAGGUUACGAACAGAUGAUUAAAUAUAGUCAAGAUCCUCAAAAUUGGCGAGAUCUCGAGGAAGAGUUGAGCACUAGAGGAAUUAAAGCUCUAACUUUUUACGACAUAGUUUUAGAUUAUAUUCUAAUGGACGCUUUCGAAGAUCUAAAUAAUCCCCCGUCAUCCGUCACGGCUGUCAUACAAAACCGAUGGUUGUCCAAGGGUUUCAAAGAGACCGCUCUCACUACUGCAGUUUGGUCGGUAUUGAAAGCGAAAAGAAGAAGAUUACGAUUUCCUGACGGUUUUAUGUCUCAUUUCUAUACAAUUUCCGAACAAUUAUCGCCUCUAUUGGCUUGGGGUUUCUUAGGUUCCGACGAAAUGCUCAGAGAAACUUGCGUUUAUUUCAAAGACCAGGUCAUAGAAUUUCUAAUAGAUAUAUUCAAUUUUCAUAAAUCUAAAUAUACCACCGUGGAAGAUUUAUCUAAGGACGUUUUCACCCAUCUAGGGACUAGAGUAGAAAAUAUUUGUCAAAGGUUAAGUGUACAAUCUUAAAAAAAGACGUUAAAAUGACUUGUCUUUGAUCUAGAAUCAUGAAAAAAGUAUUCGAAAAACCAAUGUGACAAAUUCGUACUUUUUCUCAACACCUCGUAGUAUUUUCAUAAUGAGAGAAAUUUAUUAAUCGUAGUUUAAAGUGCAUAACUAUGUUUAAUGAUAAUACAAAAGUAUGAAUAAUAAUCGUUAGUCAAAUAGUUGAUUAAACUUCAUUAUAUCACGAUUUCAAAUAUUAGUAACAAUUUUUAGACAAAAUUUUAAAAUAUUGUUAAAACAAAUUUUAUCACGCGUCUAAUGAUUUAUUUUAAUUAUUUAUUGAAGAUUAUUUUAAAUAGAACCAUCAAAAACUAAUUGUUUUAAUAACGAUUUAUUGUACUAUGCUAGUCUUUAAGAUAAAAGAGCCAUUGACAUUCCUGUUAAUAGUUGUCGUUUGUAUAUAAUUAAAUGUACAAGAAGUUUCACUUAAACUAUAUAAUGGGAUACUGUUUUGUUAUAUUUACGAAAAUAAAAAUCUUGAAGAAA